GGACAUUAUAAUUGUACUAUAUGUGGAUCUAGGUUUGCUAUCUGGGGGCCAAUGAGGGGCCUCAUAGCCGGCUUUGGCCUGGGUGUGGCGGUAGGAGCCGGUGGAUGCUAUCUCUACCUGUCUGCCGUGAAGCGUCAGGAGCCGCAGCAAGUGGCUCGCGGUCUGGCUGUAGAGCACCCGGCCCUUAAGUACGGCGUCCCUGAGACCGACAUCGUACGAGCGUACGAGGGCUAUGUAGCGGCGUACGACUACCGUACACGCAACCCCAAGUGGGUGGCGGAGCACCUCACAUCCGCCUCUUGGAGCGGGGAGGCGACGAGGGAGCGCUCCGACUUCUUCCCCGACCCCGAGGUGGACCCCCGCUUCAGCGCCAAGCUGGCUGACUUCCGCGGCUCGGGAUACGACCGGGGACACAUGGCGCCCGCUGCCAACCACAAGGCCAGUCAGAAGGCCAUGGAUGAGACCUUCAGCCUAGUCAACAUCAGCCCGCAGGCCGGCAAGGGCUUCAACCGGGACUAUUGGUCGCGGUUCGAGCGCUUCGUGAAGGAGCUUACAGAUGUGGCGCGCGACGUGUACGUGGUCACGGGGCCGCUGUGGCUGCCCACCCAGCAGCAUCAGCCGCAUGCGGCGCAGGAGGGGGAGGGGCCGCGAUGGACGCUGACACACGACUGGCUAGGCAAGCCUCCCGGUCUCGUGGCAGUACCCACCCACUUCUACAAGGUCAUCCUAGCUGACGGCCGCAACAGCAGCGGCAGCGGCAACAGCAAGGGCAAAAGCAGCAGCAGCAGCGGUCGGGAGGCGCUGCGGAGCGGGUCGGUGGCGGUGGGCGCCUUUGUGUUGCCUAAUCAGCCCAUCGACCCCAAGGUGCCGCUGUCGGCGUAUGUGGUACCGCUAGAGGAUCUGGAGCAGGUUGCCGGCACUCGCUUCUUCCCCGAGCUGCUGAGUGACGCCAAGCGGCGGGCGGCGGCGGACUGCGCGGCUGCGGAGUGGCGGCAGGCGGGGCUGGCGCAGCUGAAGCCCUUCGAGCGGGUCACCAUGAAGCAGGCACUUGCAGCGCUCCCGCCUCCCGACACCGACGCCCCCGCCCCCACCGCCAAAGCAACCAAGGCAGCCGCUGCCGCUGCGGCUGCUGCUGCUAGUUCGGGGGUGGUGCACAUUUGCGAGGUCAACGCGUGCAAGCUGCCGUCCGCUGACUUCUUCCUGAGAGGGGCCGCAGCGGCGGCAGCGGGGGCCGGCGAGGAGGGGCAGCCAGCUGCUGCUGCGGCGGCGGCGGCGGCAGCACCCAAGCACCGAUAGAGGGUGGUGAACUGGUGAUGUUUACAAACAAUAAACAAACAGCUGAGACCUGGCUGAGCCGCGAGGAACCCGAGGACACGGCGUAGGAAUGACUGUGUUGUUGCAAGGGCUGUCCGUCUACGGUAUUGAGUGAUGAGGAAAGCGAUUCGAUUCCAAUGACUGCAUACAUGCAUGCAGGGGGGUGGUGGUGACUGAGAGCCGUUGGGGGCCCUUACUGACUGGGUGCCGUACUUUGACAGGAGCAAGGAGCGGAUGCUGGCCCGUAGACUUGGCUGACGGGAGGUGGUGAAGGUAGUGCUAGCUGCAGGGGUGCCAGGUUCGAGCUUUCUUGUUUAUAGCGCCGAGGUGCGGUAGCUGAGGAGAGGGGGCGAGGCGGCAGCGUGUCGCCUUGCUGGCUGGCAGCGGCACAAGUACGGCAGUGCCUCCUGGCUGGUAUGCGGGUGGGCGGUGCGUGACAAAGAGCAGAUGGCGUGACAAGUGGAGUGACAUAAUGGGACUGCCGGCAUUGCCAGGUAUAACAGUCCAGUAACAGUCCAAUAGCUGGGUGACCGGAGUCGGAGCAAGGUGGGCAAAAGUGGUUUUGCAAUGUUGCAAACCAGGUCGUGCUCCUGUGCCCUAGAGCGCAUGCAGCAUGUUCGGCGGAGGCGGAAGUAUGGCGCUAGCCCGCAAGGUAGGGUGGUAGUGUUCGCUGUACAGGCAGUGGAGGCUAGGUGUGAAGCACGGUGAUGUGGUGAAUUCGGGGUUGUAGGUGUGUCGCAAGCAACAAUUCGGUACCGGUAUUCGGUCAUGCGGCUCAGGGGCCUCCCAUGCGCACGUAGGACCACCGUAAAGAUUGCCCUCGGUCUGACCCCGGUUGAGGCGUCAGAGGGGCCCGAACACACAACAGUACCUGUAUGCAAAGCCACGGC